AUGGCGCCGUCGCCACUCGCAACACCACAGCUCUACCCAUCUCGACGGCCUCAAAGAGUUUACGAAAACGGCGGAGAGAUGGAAGCUCAGGAGCCGCAACUCACACAACCGCUAACUCUACGCAACCGCAACCGCACCCUCAACCUCAACUCCAACUCCAACCUCAGUCUCAACCACAGCCGCAACUCCAACCCCAUCCCCAACUGGAAUCCUCAGUCCAAUCGCCUCACCACAAGCCAGUCAAGCGUUCUCCCUUCUCCCGCCCCAAGUGACGAAGCCAGUAGCCCGCCUACUAUUUCGACCGUUGCCGUCCCCGACCCCGAUUCGCUGCCUCCAUCGAAUACAGCCCUGCCAAGCUAUUCUCCAUCUCAUCCACAAGCGCCUCCGCCUCCACCACCCACCGAUGCUCGCCCCUGCCAUGUCAUACAGGAGGAGGAGACAGAAGAGAAUAGGGAUAGGGACCCCCGACCUUGUACCCUUCCGAUGGUAGCCACGUUGUUUGCCGCUCCUUCUAUCACACCAACACAGGCUGAGGCAGGGCGGCCUGCUGGGGAUGCCGGUGUGACUGGCCUAGGCCCGUCUCCGCCGCGACAGCCGACUGAGUUGUGGGCGCGGGAUUUGGAGUUGAUGAUCGAGAGUUUGGGCGGAAAAGACGCCGCCGACCCUGUUUACGAAAUACCAAGAUACAACGUCGUCCGUGCCGCUGUAACAGAAGGUGACUUUUUCUUCCUUCUUGUCCACGAAGUUGUCUGUCUGCGGGCUCUCGACUCUGCACGAGUGAAUGCUCUGUUGGGCCUCCCAAAUGCCGUUGUUGAAUCGGCGUGCCAGAUCCUCGAAGGUGCCCUUCGCCCGACCGCUCGAUUGAGGUUUGGCAUGAUCCAUUGGUAUGCUGACUUUCCCUUUGGGCUCAAAACUCAUGAGUUUCCUGCCGAUGGGUACCUUAUCCCCUAUCGCAUAUCACUUUGCGAGUUCUUUGGGCAGUUGUCCCAAAAAUGGCCCUCCUUGGUUAAUGCUGCGGCUAGCCGCAGAACUCCAGUGCGUGUUUGGGAACUCGUGGAAAUCCUGAAGAUCAGGUCAGGAUGCCUCCUGGGUAUAUUUUUCAGGAUGAGUAGAAGGUUGAUAGGUGUCAAGGAUGGGCCCAAGACCCAGGGGAUAAUCCACGCACUGGAGGCAAACUUCACCUGUGAUAGGAACCUUUAUUUCAACAAGAGCUUGACAGAUGAUGAACGACACAUUGCUAGCAACGAGGUGGAAUUAAGAUAUCAACAACUCAUGGCUACCCUAGACAAUCUUUCAUUGCAGGACAUGCCCAACAGUCCUGCUUUGGGGUCACUUCAACAGGGCCAGCACCCCCAGCCAAGACACCAACUCGGAGGACACCCAGCCGCCGUUUCCCUUCCGACUCAAGUGCCGCCGACCUACCAACCGAUUUAUCGGCCAUCACCUCCUAGGCAGGGCAAUCACUCCAUCGCUCCUGGCAUCUCUCCAAUAUCUCAACCACCAUCAUCGUAUCAUCAAACCGCUGCACCGUAUUCUCCCACAACCCUACUUUCGAAUGUUCCCCCAGGCCAGCUAGUCACUUCCCCAGGCAUGCCCUCGUCGCCGCAUCCUCUGCCGCCCCUUCGACCCCCGUUGCAACAACCCCCUCAUCACUCCAAUCCUCAGAGUGCAUCUGGAAUUCCGAGCCAACCAUCUCAACUUUGGCCGAGCCGCGGUACAGAAACACAGCGGGCUUUUGCCGCUGCUAGCAACGUCUAUUCCCCUGGCCCUCAGUCACCGGUCGCCAUAGCCCCUCCAUCAGCUGUGUGGGCUACGUCUUCUAGCAAUCCAACCAAUUCUGCUUCUGCCCGGCUGCAGCCUCCGGUUAUCUCGCCUGCACAGGCAAUGCAGCCCCUUCCUUCCCAACCCGCUACGAACUAUGGCGGCCACCAGGCUCCCCAUCAAUCAGGACCGCACUUUGCGCACGCUGUUCAGCCGGCGUCCUCGCAGCCGGGGCAACCUCAACACGGCCCUCAGAGAGGUCAGCAAGCGAGGAAUCUAAAUUACCCAUUUUUGCCUCCUGCAAGCGCCAUCAUCCCUCCGAUGCAGUAUCCUCAUGUGCAUACCAUGAUGGCACGGAGGUCGCUGCACAUGUUAGAAACUAUGAGCCCGCCGAGACGCCUUCGAAAGCUUGGUUCUCAGGACGUUGUGCCAGUUCCCCAUGAGCGGUACUACCAGUAUGUCGGAUCUUGUCUCGCUCGGCCUACUCAACUAUCGACAGACGGCACCCAAAAGAAGCUGAAAUUUCAGAUACUCCCCCAGAUCCACGCCACCUUUUCUCGAGUGGUCGAGGGAAUAGGGAAGCCAUUCAAAUUUGCCGAAUAUUACCAAGGUUCUAGCUGGAUUCGCUUCAGAAUCUGCGAGGCUCCAAGCAAUAUCGCCAUCCUCCCGGAGGGAGACUGGCUUUACAAGCCAACGGUUUGGCCCUCAGCCUUGUCAAUCAAGAUAAAUGAAGACGGGUAUCCCCAAGUGGCUCGGAAGGAGAAUUUUGGCAAGGCACGACCUUGCGAUAUCACGAGCUUCGUCAGGGUUGAUCGCAACGAACUCUCUGUCGUCAUUCUGCCCUCAUCGCAUAACAGUAACGCCUCAUAUUUCGGAGCCGUUGAACUCAUUGUAACCGCAAGCCACUCGUCGAUCAUGCGAAUCAUCCAAGAGAAGAAGAGGCUGGCGGAGAAGAGUACACUGGACGUCAUUAAAUCGCGGCUGUCCAUCUGCUCAGUGGACGGGGAUGAUGAAGGGGAAGUUCUCGCGGAUCAGGAGCUUUGUAUUAGUCUCACAGACCCCUUCAGCACUACGCGUGUCAAGGUUCCGUGUCGCGGCGUUGAUUGUCGCCAUCUUGACCCCUUUGACUUGUCGACAUGGCUCGAGACGCGUCCAUCCAAGGACAGGUGCGCCCACGGACUGAAGGACGUCACCGACUGCGCCAAAUGCGCCGUCUAUGGGGUUGACUGGCAAGAGCCGAGUCUGGUGGAUACCUGGAAAUGCCCGAUUUGCUCUGCCGAUGCCCGCCCCAAUCGUCUCGUAGUCGACGGAUUCCUCCAAGGCGUCGUCGAUUCCCUCGAGAAGCAGGGAUUGAACACAGCUAAGGUAAUCUACGUCAAUGCAGAGGGCAAGUGGCGCCCGAAGGAGGAGCUCCCCGACGAUGAGGACGAGGGUAGCGAUGGAGAUGAGGGCCCGGCCCUGAAGAGGCAUGCUUCCGACUUGGCGAAGAAGAAGGUCGCUGCCCCUCAAGCGGAGGUGGUCGUCAUUGACGACGAUUGA